AUGAUGGCACAAGAAUCAGGUUUAAACUUUUAUAUUGAUAAAUUUUGUGCCGGUGGUUGGUCAAUGGAUGUUACCUUAAGAAUUGGUGAAUUGGUUAUUGGAAUGAAGCAUUUAAAUAAGGAUGAAAUCAAAAACAUGGAUACACAUAUUAAUAAUUUAAUUGUUACUUUCUUGCAGAAACUUAAUACUGAUAAUGGGAGAAAGAGAAUGAGUUUGAAUCCACAUUUAGUUAAAGAUGAUGAAGAUGAUCAGAUAGGAUAUGCUUGGGAAAAAGCUUAUACAGAAGGUUUAAAAAUAAAAGAUAUUUUACAGGAAGAAUCUGAUAUUGGAUUUGAACAAGCAGUAAAAAAAUUUGUAGAGGAAGAAAAAAGGAAGGAACGCCUUCGAAAUAAACCUGAACGUUGUCGUAUAGGAGUAUUACGUUAUGUCUUUCUUUUAAUUGAUUUAUCAAAUUCAAUGUCUGAAAAAACAAUUCAACCAUCAAGAAUAGAAGCUGUAGUAAAUGAAUCUUUAAAAUUUAUAGACAAAUUUUUUAGUCAAAAUCCUAUUUCUCAGAUAGGAGUUAUAGUAUGUCGUGAUAAGAAAGCUGAAAAACUUUGUGAUUUAACUGGUAAUGCAAAUAAAAUAAAAGAAGCAAUAAAAAAUAUCAAACGUCAUGAUUGUCGUGGUGAAUUCUCUCUUCAAAAUGGUAUACAAUUAGCAUAUAGAAAUUUUGAUGGAUACCCUCCUCAUACAUCAAGAGAAAUAAUUCUUUUUCAGGGAGCUUUAUCAACAUGUGAUGCUGAAGAUAUAUUUGAUACAAUGUCAAAGAUGAUUAAAAAAAAUAUUCGUAUCUCUGGUAUGUCAUUAUCAGCACAUAUUUAUGUAACAAAAACAUUAUGCCAUCAAACUGGUGGAACAUAUAAAGUAAUUCUUGAUCAAACACAUUUACAAUUAAUAUUAGGAAAUUUUGUUACUCCACCAAUAAUUCAGGAAAAUGCUCAAUCAAAUCUUAUAAUGGUAGGAUUUCCUAAAUUAAGAAAAGUUAUAGGAAAAGUUUUUUGUCAAUGUCAUAGAAAAAGUAAUUAUCCAGAAGAACAAAAAGGUUAUUUUUGUUAUCAAUGUGGUUCAUUGUAUUGUUCUGUUCCUGUUGAAUGUAGAAUAUGUCAUGUUAUCUUAGCUUCAGCACCACUAUUAACAAAAACUUUUACAAAUAUGUUACCUUUAAAAGCUUUUGAAGAAGUGAAAAUUACUAGAGAAGUUUUAUGUAAAGGAUGUACAGAAACAUUGCAUAAUGGAAUAGCAUAUAAAUGUUAUGAUUGUAAGAUGAUUUUUUGUAUUGAAUGUGAUACAUUAAUUCAUGAAUCUCUUCAAAUUUGUCCUGGUUGUCAUUAA